AUGGUAGACAGUGGAGUUGGUGUGGUGCGUGUCCCCUCUGGUAGUCAUGGCGCCCAGUGUGAAGCUCAUUGCCCGUGUCAGAGGCUCGGUGUGUGCACAGCCCGUGCCAGUUUGGCACCUCACGGCAUCAACUGCAGCCAGGAGUGCCCCUGCCGGAACAGAGGUCUGUGUGACCACAUCAGUGGGCAGUGCCAAUGCACCGCCGGCUACAGCGGAGAGAGAUGUCAGGAGGAGUGUCCAGGAGGGUCGUACGGUCCUCAGUGUGCACAUAAGUGUGACUGUCAGAACAGAGCGAGGUGUUACCAUAUCAACGGGGCCUGUCUGUGUGACGAGGGCUUCAAAGGUCCUAGCUGUCAGGACAGGUUCUGUCCCUCUGGACUAUAUGGACUCAUCUGUGAUAAACACUGCCCCUGUAACGCCUCAAACACACUCAGCUGCCAUCCGUUGUCGGGGGAGUGUGCGUGUGCGGCAGGGUGGGCGGGCUUGUUCUGCAACGAGACCUGUCCGUCAGGUUACUAUGGCGAGGGAUGUAAGGAGGCGUGUGUGUGUACCAACGGAGCCGACUGUGAGGGCAUCAGCGGAGCCUGCGUCUGUGCCCCCGGGUACAUGGGUGAUGACUGUUCUCUGACCUGUCCUGCUGGGGUGUAUGGGGCCAACUGUUCCUCUCCCUGUUCCUGCCACAACCAGAUCUCCUGCUCACACAUCGACGGAUCCUGCAUGUGCAGAGAAGGAUGGCAGGGUGUGGAUUGUACCAUCUCAUGCUCCAGUGAUACCUGGGGUCUGAACUGUAAUCAGACGUGUCUGUGUGCCAACGGGGCGGCCUGUGACCCGGGCAAUGGAACCUGUACCUGCGCUCCCGGCUGGAUGGACGAGUACUGUGACACAACCUGUCCCGAGGGCACGUAUGGAGAACAGUGUCGAGAGCAGUGUGACUGUAUCCAUGCCGAUGGCUGUGACCCUGUGAGAGGCGACUGUCGCUGUCUGGCUGGAUGGACUGGUGUGCACUGUGACAGUGUGUGUGUGGAGGGCCGAUGGGGCCCAGACUGCUCCUACUCCUGUACCUGUGAGAACGGAGGCUCCUGCUCACCGGAGGACGGAACGUGUGUGUGUGCCCCCGGAUACAGAGGCAGCUCCUGCAGACGCAGUAAAAUGUAA